UGUGUGUCUUGGGCGUGCUAUAUCACUGUCUUCAUUCAAGCGGCUAGUGUCUUGUGAGACAGUGUGUCUUGGGCGUGCUAUAUCACUGUCUUCAUUCAAGCGGCUAGUGUCUUGUGAGACAGUGUGUCUUGGGCGUGCUAUAUCACUGUCUUCAUUCAAGCGGCUAGUGUCUUGUGAGACAGUGUGUCUUGGGCGUGCUAUAUCACUGUCUUCAUUCAAGCGGCUAGUGUCUUGUGAGACAGUGUGUCUUGGGCGUGCUAUAUCACUGUCUUCAUUCAAGCGGCUAGUGUCUUGUGAGACAGUGUGUCUUGGGCGUGCUAUAUCGCUGUCUUAAUUCAAGCGGCUAGUGUCUUGUGAGACAGUGUGUCUUACAAUACCCGUCUUAACACAUAGUAUCGAGACAUUUGUGUCGAGACACUUGGGAUGGGAUGUAUGUCAAGACACCUCUGACACCUCUAAAUGUGAAGACACCUUUAAAUGUGAAGACACCAUUGGUCUAAGGCUACUCCUACAUAAUGUUGGACGGACCAACCCACAACUAGACCUACACUGCCGCUGAGGGCCCCCUACCAUCCCCUGUCUAGUAGAGCCCCCCCCCCCCCCCCAAGCCAACAUGUCGGUUACCUUACGCAGGCACCGGUCAGCGGAGCCCUACAGGGGCCCCUUUGGCCCCACCCCCGUGAGUCACGUGGGGUACCUGGAGAGUCGACACCUGCACCCUGAGAGGCUGCCCAGCAGGAAGAAGGAACAAGUUGUCUCCCUUCGUCUUCUGGAUGUCAGCAGGGAGACUAUCACUAACGUCACGAAUGUGGCGCCGACAGUGAGGCGGCUGGUGGCGACCAACCUGAGCCUGCUGAUGGUGCCAGACGAUCUGCUGUCUGGCCUCGUGCACCUGACCAAACUGGACAUCAGCAACAACAGGCUGGGGGACGGCUCCUUCCCAGAUUCCAUGGAGAGCCUGGACCAGCUACUGGAGGUCCGACUCAGCAGCAACUGUCUGACCAAGGUGCCGAGGUGCAUCAGGAAACUCCGGAACCUGGCCCGACUAGAUCUCAGCAACAACCAGGUAGACUCACCUGCCGGCCUUGAGAAACUCCGGAAGCUCCAGAUCCUAGUGCUCGACAACAACAAACUGACGUCAUUGAUUAAAGAAAUUUCUGGGUUAAAAAAGCUGGAGAUCCUCAGGUGUAGCGGCAACAGGCUUCACGAGGUGUCACGUGAUAUUCGACAUUUAAAAAAACUAGUUGACCUAGAUUUGUCGGACAACCGGAUCACGUGCUUGCCGACGGAUAUUUUUCUGUUGCCUGAUUUAGAUGUCGUUGACCUCAGUCAAAACGAGAUCUCGAAAGUUCCGACACUCCGACAACGUCACCAAGACAACAGGUGUCUGUCUGCCAUCGACCUGUCGGACAACAAGCUGCUCACCUGUCCGACACACCUGCUGCUGUUCACAGACAGGCUCGAUGUCAGCGGCAACCACAUCAAGGUCUUGCCCUACAGCCUGGUCAAGAAACUCGAUGACAGCCGAAACCAAGACCUCCUGGUGGACGACAACCCCCUGACCUACCCACCCCCCGAGGUCUGCCUCUCGGGCCUCAAGAACAUUGUGACCUACUUUCAAGAGAGUAGGUCGGAGGUCAAAGUUUACCAAGGAAUUAAGGUCCAUGUUGUAGGGCACCACCAGAGCGGCAAGACGUCCCUGGUGCAGACCCUGGUGGAGCAACAGACCCGGAUGUCUGAAGACGUGCAGGACAGUACGGCCGGCCUGGACACGGUCAGCUGGGGCAUCGAGCUGGAGACCCUGGAGGACGGGAGGCCGGGCAAAGCUCUGGAGCUAAAUGUCUGGGACUUCUGUGGCCACGCCUUCUACCUCUACCCACACUACAUAUUUCUGGAGCAGCCGGCUGUGACCUUACUGACCUUCAGCGUGCCGGAGUACCGGCCGGACCGGUUCCAUGAGCUGCUAGGCUGCUGGUUGGACUGGAUGAUGGCGAAAAGCAACCAGCUGGUUGUCGUGCUGGUGGCGACACAGUGCGACAUGGCGGACCGGCAACACGUGACGGAGGUGAUGUCGGACGUACAAGCGCGAGUCUUGCAGCACAUCGAGAUGAAGAGUGACGUCAUCAAAAGCCGGAUCCGUGAGAUUGAGGACCGGCCACAGAUCUCCCCGACACUCUCAGACCAGCUGCAGGGGUAUAUCAGGCUACUGCAGGCUGUCAAGGUCACCAUCUACCCGGAAGUCGUGUCGACCAGUGCUAGACGCUACACGGGCUUUGAUCAGCUGACGCAGGCCAUUCUUUCAUUGGCUGGGGACAGACAACUCUUUCCAAACGUCAUGAGAGUUAUCCCAACGUUUUGGCUGGAUGUACAACAAUACUUUGAGGACAAGGGCAACUCCAUGGCCUGGCCAGUUCUUAGGUUUGAAACGUUUCAGGAGGAAGUGACGUCACGCUUUGGGAUGAAACACCUGGUGAAACCUAUAGCUCAAUAUCUUCACGAUACCGGGCAGAUUUUGUGGUUUUCACAUGUGGAGACGCUACGAGACUUGGUCUUUAUACGGCCAUCUUGGCUCUUUGACGUCUUCCGGUCCGUGUUACGUCACGACUUCAACACUUUGUCUUUCAGCUCACUCGAGGUUCACAGUCUGACUGCGGCACGGUUUGAAAGAUUGAAGAAAGAAGCUUGGUCGGACGGCGUCCUCGACCGUGACCUUGCUAGAUGUAUCCUCGCGCCCCUGGUGACCUCUGACCCCAUGAACCUGACCAAUGAUGUCAUGCAUCUGUUGACCCAACAUUUUCAGCUCGGCUACUCCAUCAUCAAAAAACAGUCUGACUCCUCAACUCCAAACAAAAAACAGCCUGACUCCUCCUACUCUCUGACGCCUGAGAGGGAGGGGCCGGCACCCCACUUGUCCAAGAUUUUGAUGCCGUGGCUAAGGAAGAACACGGAGCCAGGGGAGUUCACCGCAGUCUGGGGCAGCAUGGGAAGUAAGCAGCGACUUGAGGCCGUCUUCCUGUUCCCAAACUACUUCCCACCCGGGAUCUUUGAGGUCAUGUGCGUUAGGACGCACAGCGACGCACACAAGCUGCGCUUCCUACACCACUGGAAUACAGGUGUGCACGCACUACAGGUGGAUGAGCAGGUGCACGUGCUGAUAUCGUACUCUCGUGAGCACGGCCAGACGUGGUUCAAGGUCGAGGUCAAGCGAGACAAGGCCGUCUCGGUAGAGGACGACAACACGACGGCUCUCUGGGCGGUGUUGUUGCCCCUGAUCAUGGACAUGGAGGAGCUACUGGGCACAUACGCAGGAGUUCUCGUGGAGCGGCUGAUGGGGUGCCCGUCCUGCAGGCAAGCGACGUUCCUGGGGGAGUGGUUGACGCCUAAAGAGACGCAAGGCAUGACGGUCAGCUCAUGUGACACAUGUGGAGACGACAUAGACACCGCCUACCUGGUACAGCCGAGAGAGAAAAAGCGAGAUGGCCCGCAUAUGACCCACCAUUUUUAUAGAACGCAAAGUUCCGAAUCCGACGACUCGCGUGCAGACGACCACACAAUCAGGACAAGCAACCAGUCAAGCAACCAGCAACCAUCACCAGUCAAGCAACCAGUCAAGCAACCAGCAACCAUCACCAGUCAAGCAACCAGCAACCAUCACCAGUCAAGCAACCAGCAACCAUCACCAGUCAAGCAACCAGCAACCAUCACCAGUCAAGCAACCAGUCAAGCAACCAGCAACCAUCACCAGUCAAGCAACCAGCAACCAUCACCAGUCAAGCAACCAGUCAAGCAACCAGUCAAGCAACCAGCAACCAUCACCAGUCAAGCAACCAGUCAAGCAACCAGCAACCAUCACCAGUCAAGCAACCAGUCAAGCAACCACUCAAGCAACCAGACAAGCAACCAGCAACCAUCACCAGUCAAGCAACCAGCAACCAUCCGAGGAAUUUCCAAACCAUCAGGAUAUUCAAAUGACAUGUCCGUGUUGUCAUAUAAAUGA